UCGGGUUUCUUCGGCUUUCAUGCAUGUUGCGCCGCGGCUGUGAAACCGAUUAUUUACCCCCGUGCUAUGAUUUAUCUCGGAUAAUAAUCCUUUGUCGCUGCUUCGUCCUCUAAGAAGCACCAGCCGAAGGAGAACUAAGGCAGCGUGCAUUCGGUCCCGCUCCCCUCCGUGUCGGACUGCCCGGUGUCAGGUGUAAGGUGCCGGAGUGACUCGGAGCCGUGAUGUUCAACCCGCACAUCCACCAGCAGCAGCACCACCAGCAGCAGCAGUUCCACCAGCACCUCCGGCAGCUACAGCAGCUCUUCCAGCAGCAGCCUCCGCCUCCUCCUCCGCCGCAGCCUCAGCCGCCUCCGGGCCACCACAUCCCCCAUCACCACCAGACGCCCCGAGCGAUGCCCGUCCCUCCUCAGACCGCCCCUCCGCCCAGGAUGGUCAACCUGUGCCAGGCCACCCAGACCACCAUCAUCGCCCCCAACCCCAUGCUGCAGGGCGCCAUCCUGAUGCAGCAGAUGCAGGGGAACAUGCGGAGCUUCGGGAUGGGCGGCCAGCAGUUCAGGCAGUUCUUCGCGGCGGGCGCCCGGUCGUCCCUGCUGGGCCCCGUCCCCAUGGGCAUGGCCAUGAAGUCCCCCAUGAUGGGUUUCCCGGCAGCCCGGCCGUUCCACCCGCACGCCCGCUACUACAACAGCAGCGCCACGGCAGCCCCCGCCGCCAGCGCGGCGGCGGCGCCCUCUGUGGCGCCCUCCGUGGCGUCCUCGUCCUCCACCUCGGACUCUGCCGCUCGCCCGCCUGACCGGAAGAGAGACAGCGAUCAGCUGGCAGCAGGAAGUGCAGACGAGCAGCCGGCGGCGGCGAGCAGCACCGCCGAAGCGUCGGACAAAACCCUGACAGAUGGCGCCGUGGGGGCAGCGGACGAGCCCACUGCGACCCCAGACGAGCGAGACGAGCCGGCGGCGAAGAAGCAGAGGACAGACGGGGAGGAUCAGUCCAAGGAGCCGUGUGCGCCUCAGCCCGGCGCCGGGCCGGGCGCCGGCCGCUCCCUGGACGUGACCGCAACCAGCACCAGCCUCCAGUCUGAAGACUUUCCUCUGGAGGACGGGGGGCUCACGGAGGGCACGGCUGAGGAAGAGGCUGGCGGCGGUCUGGCCCCGUCGUCGUCCCUCGUGAUGGACGAGGACGACCCGCAGGCCCCUCCCCCCGCGGAGGACUCCCCCCCGGCCUCGCCGGACCGCCCGGACGAGGAGGGCGGAGCCGAGGACGCCAACAAGUUCUACUGCUACCUCUGCAGCAUCACCUGCCACAACCAGCACAACUUCAGGAGUCACAUGAACAGCAUCGCCCACCAGCAGAGGAUGAUGGAGAUUCAGCACAUGAGCAACGCCUGCCUGGUGACGCUGCUGCCGCGGGUUCAGGAGUCGCUGCAGGGCGCCAGCAGAGACGGAGAGAGGAAGUCGGACUCGAAGCGCCUGUGUCCGACGUGUCGCACGCACUUCUCCGGCAGCACGGCGGAGCACCGCCGCACCCUGGAGCACAAGCUCGCCAGCAGCGCCAACAUCUCGUCCUGCGCCGUCUGCAAGAAGCACUUCAAGACGCCGCAGGCGUUCCUGGAGCACCUGCAGUCGCAGGAGCACAGGCAGAAGCUCCAGGAGAAAGGCUGCGAGGCCUUCAGCAAGCUGGCCGCUCUGGACACGGAGGGCUUCUCGCUGGAGGAGGACGAGGCAGGAAGUGACGCGGAGGGCAGCGGCGAGGGCGGCCGGGCGGCCGGACGGGACGUCUGGUCGUCCCUCGAUGAAGUGACCCUGAACGACUUGACGGGCGACGAGCAGCACGACCCCGACACCGUCUACGGCUCCAGCUUCCUGGUCCCGGUCACCGGGUUCAUCUGCGGACUCUGCAACAAGUUCUACCACUUCGAGUCGUCGGCGCUGCGAACCCACUGCAAGUCGCUGCAGCACUUCCAGAACCUGCAGCGGUACAAGGCGCUGGCGGGGCAGAAGCAGGAAGUGGUCUCGUGUCCCGGAGAGUCUCUGCUCGCCGCGGUGGAACCGUCCGCCGACUGUCCGCUGGAGCUGCUGGAGCCGGACGAGGACCUCGCCCCCGCUGGACACGAUACCCGGAGACCGGAGGAGGAGCCCCGGCCGCCCUCGCUGGAGGACGCAGACCAGGACUUGAGCCUCCUCCAGGAGGGCGAGGAGCUCUCCUUCCUGGAGGAGGCGGCCAGCAGCUCGCAGGACGCCGACUCGGACGCGAACGCCGCCGCCGCCGCCCCCGAGGAGGAGGAGGAGGAAGAGGCGGAGGAGGCGGCGCCUGCCGCUCCGGGGAGGAGGAGCAGCGGCGGGAAGGCCAGAGCGCCCAGACGCCGGUCGGGGCGCGCCGCCAACAGACGCUGAGCGCCGCCGGGCGCGGAGCGCCAUCAGAUCACCGACACGGGGCGUGACGAGGUGCUUCACCAAGCCCCGCCCCCGCCCCGCCACUCCUCACAGGCCGGGGAAGCACGAGGUGAUGCAUUCUGGGUAACCGUUCAAGUAUUGACUCCCAGCUGUCUCUGAAACACACACACACACACACUCCCCAUUUAACACUCAGCGCCGACGCAUUUUUAACGUCUGUUGUCGGGACUCGGCAGCACCGCCCGGUGGACGGCGGCGGUAACGGCACGCCGCCCCUUUAACCGCUGAUGUCCCCGUUUCUCCCUCGCUAACCUGAGAGGGAGAAACCAGACGACCCGGCAGGCCGUUUGUUGUUGUUGUUGUGGUUUACUGCUCAGGGCAGGACGGACGUUAAACCGGGAUGGACGGAGGAGCCGUUCAAGUCCUCGGCUCAUGUUAGCACUUUCAGCUCAGCUUGGUUUGUUUGGUUUUUUUACUUCUUCAUGCUAAAACUGAAGGAAAUCCUUGGUUUUUUUCACUCUUUCUAGCGUGUAGGGUUGAUUUUGCCGCUGUAGACUCGCUGGUCAUGGCUUUGAUUUGAAAUGUGCCUGGGAUUUAGAAAGUCUCUUUUGUUUUAUUUCUGUGACUGGUUCACACGUUUCAUUUCAUUUCCCACCCGGAAGCUUCCGCAGGUCCUCCAGGAAGGUCGGUCGUUCAUAAAAAAAGAAUAUGAAACGUCACGUGUGGGAGACUGAUGCAGCCGAGGCGUCGUCCACAUUUCCGACUUUGUUUUUUACUUUUUUCUUUUUUUUUAAUUAGCGAGCUGAAGCGUAGAAUGUAACCAAGCAGAUUUUCUUAUAAAAUUUAAAAAUGAAGAAAAAAAAAAAUAGAGGAAAAAGUGUGAGAGUGGAGUUGAAGUGAGAAAUGUUGCAUUUGGAAUGGGAUGGUUCUCCAUCCGGGGCAUUUCCUUUUCACCUUUCUUUUUUUUUUUUUUUUUAAUAAUUUCUCGACAUUGUUGUGGUUGUUUCACCGACAUCGUCAGUUUUUCACUCGACCAUCUGCAAUAAGGACGUUUUUGUGUGUAUGUGUGUGAGUGUGUGUGUGAUUAGGAGUUAAGGAGGAAAAAUCCUUAGUAAAUCUGAAUUUAUCAACCAAAACCUGUUUGACAGCCGUACGAGAUCCUCUGAACACCACGGAAAAAGGAAAAAGCUGCGGAUCUAUUGAAUCACCAGUGAAAUUCAGACCCCUCUCUUGGUCUCUGGUGUCCCUCCAGCGGGCCCCGGGACCUUAGGUUGAGCAUCACAGUUUUGGGACACACUUGACUACGUGAAGGUAGAAUGCUACUUUAGCGGGCUAACACAGAAGCAAAAGUAACCCUGUUCCACCACGUCGUCAUGGCGACGGCCUCAUCCGCGUUUCACAGCAGCAGGAAAGACGCGGAUGAUUUCCAAGAAAAGGUUUCUUAUUGUAUUUUUAUUCAGCUACUGACACACUGAGACGAACAAGCAGGCCAUGUUUUCUAACUGCUGGAGGUUUAACGUAUUUUUGGAUGGAUUUUUUUUUUUUUUUUUUGUUUUUCCGGAUUGGAAAUC